AUGGUAAGCCGGUCGGUCCAUGCGAUCGCGGCGUUGCUGUUGGUAAGUUGUUCGACAGCAGCGCCGCCGUCGCGGGAUCCCUUCGGGCCAAGCCUGGAGUCAGCACGCCAAAAUGCGCCUCAGAUCUUCAAUGCGAUCCAUAAUGCCAUGCGACAGUUUGGCUCUUCGUUGCACCACAAUGGCAUGUCCUUCUUCCCUGCGACCAUCCCGGCAGGGACUAUGCUCUACCAUGGUGCAACUACGCCGAAAAUACCAGACACACUUGAAUGGCUCGCUUUCGAGGUUGAGCAUGCAGAGAACUUCGCUCGCGGGUAUCGGCGACCAAACCAGACUCGGGGUUUCGCACAGUCGCAAGAGAAUGGACAAAGACCCCUUCAGAAUUGGGCACAUUCCGAGAAAGAAGAGUAUGUGACCUUCCGGUCAUCUUCCAUGGCCCACGUCUUUGAUGACGGGUGGCAUGGAAACGAACCCGCAUGGGAACCGGGUUACUUCCAUAUUUAUCAAGCUGUUCGGCCGCUAAAUGUACUUUACCUGGAUGGCAUGGCCGCCGGCAAGACGAACAUGGGGACGAACGAUGCCGAAGACUUCAUCCUCAGCAGCAAUAAGAGUCGUGGCGGCUACGAGGACUACAUACGUGCGGCAGAUCUGUGCACCUGGUCGAAGCAGUGGGGCGUCGAUGGCCUCAUUCGUAUGGAGCCAGGCUUUGAGGUCAUAUACUGCGACUUCCACGACGGCGGGCUGCUUCAGGUUGCGGCAAAUCGACGUGGACCCAUAGAUGGGUCGAAGGAGUACCUAAUAUUCAAGAUGUUCGAAUGGAUACAGGCGGCUUCCAAGCGGUACCGUGGCAUCGGCGGUAACAGAGUUCAGGUUGACUAUUCUUCAAUGGUCUCUGCCUUCUUCUACCCGGUGAACCUCACUAAUCCCAAUGCGACUCGAUCCGAGCACCCGAGGCUUGUGUUUGCGACAGAGUCGGAACUGGCGGCAAUCAAAGGCCACGUUGAACGGACAGUAAUUAGAAGCUGGGAGGGUGUAAAGUCGGCCGUCGACUGGCAAGGAGUAACGGACAUGAUUGUGACUCGGUAUUCUGACAGACUGUCGCUGAUGGCCGCAACGAAGUCCAUCAAAGACAUGAAGCUAUUGCUCAGUCAUCUGCUUGAUGGAUAUAUUCAUCGCCAGGACGAUGGCUUUGAUCUACACGCGGCUCAGCAACGAUGUAGGAGGCAUUACCUUGAUGGUUUUGCCCCAGUCACGCCGGAAGAGAACCUCAUGCACGCCGGGAUUGACAGCACCGCCAAGCUGAUCUGUGAAACGCUGUUUGAAGCCCAUGCACUGGUGGUGGAAAACCCGUCCGCCGAUGAGUCAUCAGUGCAGACAGCUGUCCGUAUGGCACAGGAUUUGAUGGACACCCUGCGAUGGCCAGAGUGGAAGCUAUGCGGAGCUUGCCAGGUAGACGAGGUGUGCUUCGUCGCCAUGUGGCCGUUCGGCAACGUUGAAGACCAUUAUAGCCCUAGCUGUCAAAAUGCAACAACAGCAUUCGCGCGGAAUAGCUAUUGGAGGUACAAUUGGUAA